CUCAUAACCUCUCUCUUCAUUUCAUAUCUCACCACUACUCUCUCUCACAAGCCACAACACAAAACUCUCUCUCAAAACUUAUGGUCAUGGGGGCUUAUCGACAUUUUGAACCGGUGAUGAAAUGUAGCGCCGAGGGACGAUCAAAUCAGACGGUGGCUGCAGACCUUGAUGGUACCCUUCUUGUGUCAACAAGUUCUUUUCCUUAUUUCUUGCUUGUUGCACUUGAAGCUGGGAGCAUUUUAAGAGCGCUGAUCCUUUUAGCAUCGGUUCCUUUUGUGUAUUUUGUAUACUUGUUUGUAUCGGAGGCAAUGGCAAUCAAGGCUUUAGUGUUCAUCACCUUCGCAGGACUUAAAAUAAGAGAUGUUGAGCUUGUUUCGAGGUCGGUUUUGCCGAAAUUCUAUGCCGAUGAUGUUCACCCGGAAACUUGGAGGGUGUUCAAUUCUUUUGGCAAAAGAUAUAUAGUCACUGCUAAUCCUAGGAUUAUGGUCGAGCCAUUUGUCAAGACCUUUUUAGGUGCUGACAAGGUUCUUGGCACUGAGUUAGAAGUUGCAAAAUCUGGGAGAGCAACUGGGUUCGUCAAGAAACCUGGAGUUCUUGUCGGAAAACACAAAAGAGACGCCAUUUUAAAGGAAUUUGGCACUAAUUUACCUGAUUUAGGCUUGGGGGACAGAGAAACUGACCAUGAUUUCAUGUCCAUAUGCAAGGAAGGCUACAUGGUUCCAGCGAGCAAGUGCGAGCCACUGCCGAGAAACAAGCUUCUAAGCCCUGUAAUAUUCCACGAGGGACGAUUAGUUCAAAGGCCAACUCCUCUGGUUGCUCUCUUGACAUUUCUAUGGAUGCCAAUAGGUAUUAUUUUAUCAAUCCUAAGAGUCUAUCUUAAUAUCCCAUUGCCUGAGAGACUUGCCUGGUACAAUUACAAGAUCCUAGGAAUUAAAGUUACAGUUAAGGGCACCCCUCCACCACCUCCCAGUAAAGGCCAAAGUGGAGUCCUCUUCGUCUGCAACCACCGUACCGUUUUGGACCCUGUUGUGACUGCAGUGGCUCUACGAAGAAAAAUUAGCUGUGUCACAUAUAGUAUAAGCAAGUUCACUGAAAUAAUUUCGCCCAUUAAAGCUGUUGCUUUGUCAAGAGAAAGAGAGAAAGAUGCAGCUAAUAUAAAGCGUCUGUUGGAGGAAGGUGACUUGGUGAUCUGCCCAGAAGGAACCACAUGUAGAGAGCCGUUUCUUUUGAGAUUUAGUGCUCUUUUUGCUGAGCUUACAGAUAGAAUUGUGCCUGUUGCAAUUAAUACAAAACAAACAGUCUUCCAUGGCACUACAGUUCGUGGGCACAAGUUGUUGGAUCCUUAUUUCGUGUUCAUGAAUCCAAUGCCAACUUAUGAGAUCACCUUCUUGAAUCAGCUGCCCACAGAGCUCACUUGCAAAGGUGGAAAAUCUGCCAUUGAAGUUGCAAAUUAUAUACAGAGGGUGCUUGCUGGGACACUUGGAUUUGAGUGUACUAAUUUGACUAGGAAGGACAAGUAUGCUGCGCUUGCUGGUACAGAUGGUCGAGUCCCAUCUAAGAAGGAAAAGGAAAAUCAAAACCAAAAAGAAAAGGCUUAAGAAGAAAUUUGCAACUUUCAUCAUCUUCUUAUUAAUUGUUUUCACAUAUUUGAAUCUUUAUAAUUGAAAUAAACAUUUAUCUUAAUGAUGUUAUCAGUAAUUCAGUAUAAAUUAAAGAACCCUUCUUUUAUUUUUCUGAU